GAGUGAUAAAGAAGAUAUGAUGGCAGUCGCAGCCGCUCAGAAGAACCGCGAAAUGUUCGCCAUCAAGAAGUCUUACAGUAUUGAGAACGGGUAUCCAGCGCGACGACGUUCCCUCGUAGACGAUGCCCGUUUUGAAACGCUCGUCGUCAAACAGACGAAGCAAAGCGUACUCGAGGAAGCUCGACAACGAGCGAAUGACACAAACGCGGAUCAGACAAUUACUUGUACUAAGGAUAAAGGACAAGAAGAAAAUUACAUCGAUAUUUCAUCAAGUGAUGAUGAACAGGUGGAAUCAUUAGUUUGCGCGGUGCAGGAGGAAGAAGCGAAAGCGGAGGCUUCCUCAGACAGUGAUGGAAAACCGGAUGAUGAUGACGAUGAUGAUGCCGGAUUAACCGAGGAGGAAGUAGUGCUCGCGAAAACUAUAGCCGAAUCUCCGGAUAGCGAGUACAACGUGCAGAAAGCGGCGCUGGUAUUGAGAUUGCGAGAGGGUAUUGGUUCUCUAGGCAGAAUCCUAAAGACAAUCGAAAAUUUCAAGGGCAUGAUCACUCAUGUCGAGUCACGGCCCUCCAAGAAGGAGGGUCUGCAAUUUGAGGUCUUGGUCAAGAUUGACAUGAGCAGACAGAGCCUGUUACAGUUGAUUAGAAAUCUACGACAAAGCUCGGCCUUAGACGGCGUAAACCUGCUCGCCGACAAUUCCGUCAGCAUCAAAGAUCCCUGGUUUCCCCGUCACGCUUCCGAUCUCGACAAUUGUAACCACCUAAUGACUAAGUACGAGCCGGAUCUCGACAUGAAUCAUCCAGGCUUCGCCGACAAAGAGUAUCGCGCUCGUCGCAAAGUCAUUGCCGAAAUUGCUUUUGCUUAUAAGUACGGCGACCCGAUACCUUCUAUUCCUUACACCGAGACGGAAAACGAAACUUGGUCGCGCGUCUUCAACACUGUGUUGGACCUGGUACCGAAACACGCGUGCAUGGAAUACCAGAGAGUCUUCAAGAAAUUGCAAGAGGAGAGGAUCUUCGAGUCUCACCGUAUACCGCAGUUGCAGGAAGUCAGCGAUUUUUUGAAGAAGAGCACGGGAUUCACUCUUCGACCGGCCGCCGGUCUCUUGACAGCGCGGGACUUCUUGUCCAGUCUUGCCUUCAGAAUAUUCCAGAGCACCCAAUAUGUCCGCCACAUCAACAGCCCGUAUCACACUCCCGAACCAGAUUGCAUUCACGAACUCUUGGGCCAUAUGCCGCUUUUGGCCGAUCCAAGUUUCGCUCAAUUUUCGCAAGAAAUUGGAUUAGCGUCUCUUGGCGCUUCAGAUGAAGAAAUCGAGAAGCUAUCAACCAUUUACUGGUUCACGGUUGAAUUCGGAUUGUGUAAGGAAGGUCCUGAAGUCAAAGCUUAUGGUGCUGGCUUGUUGUCAGCCUACGGUGAACUCUUGCACGCAUUGAGCGAUAAAUGCGAACAUCGAGCUUUCGAUCCGUCAAUUACCGCUCUCCAGAAAUAUCAAGAUCAAGAAUACCAACCGAUAUAUUAUGUGGCCGAGAGUUUCGAGGAUGCUAAGGAAAAAUUCCGUCGUUGGGUGGCCACUAUGAGCCGGCCAUUCGAGGUCAGGUUCAAUCCGCAUACGCAACGCGUCGAAGUCCUUGAUAGUGUUGAUAGACUGGAGGGUAUGAUUUCCCAACUCAAUACCGAGAUGACCCACCUUACGAAUGCCGUCAACAAAAUGAAAGCGAGACAAUUUGCGUAAGGAUGAAAACUUCCGCGUUUUCGUUUAUGAUUCGAUUAUUCCUUUUGCGAACCAUCGAACCUCGAAAUCGAUCACUUAGCCAAUUAAAUAAUCUUUAAACUCUUUGGUGACAAUAAUUUUCGAUAAUCUAUCAAAGAAUAGCAGAUAAUUAUUAUACUAUAAAAAACGUUCUUCCUAGUAAUUGUAACAGAGCUUAAUGAGUCUUUUAAUGAUAUAUUUCGAAAGCGUACCAGUAAUUUUAAGGAAGUUAUGUAGACCAUCGCGAAAGAGUUAUUUGUUUUAAAUAAGAAAAACAUUUUGAAUUGCAUCGAAACUUCAGCUUCCAGGUUCGGUGGAGCAUAUCAUCUCAUUGUCAUAAUUUUUAUUGCGUAAUUCGUCCUUCAUUUCGUGUAUAAAGUCAUUCAUUUGCGUUAUUAUAUGCGUGUACGCGCACUGAUUAUAAACAGUGGAUCUGAUUAUAAACUGAUUAUAAAAUGUGACUUUACUUUGACGCACGCGAACGUCAGCUUGUAUUGUGUUACGUUUCGUCCAGAUAAUCGUACAACUUAAUUAAGUAAAUUGUGACAGUCCAAUCUUUUGUUCUUAAGACGCCAAAUGAGCGGAAAUACAUAUCACAAGGUUAUCUUUUAAUAAAUAGAAUAGCAUUGUCUUUUUUUAUCAAUAUAGUUGCGCGUACAUGCAUAUGAAAGAUUCUCAAAAUACUAUUAUAUUAUUAUUAAUUAUUAAUUAUUAUUAUUUCGUUCUAUUCUAUUAUAUAAUAUUGUAUUAUUAUGUUAGUACGUUAUGUUAUAUAUACAUGAAUUUACUUAAUCCAGCAGACACUGGCAUCUGCCCCGAUAAUUCGUAGUACAAUCUAUUUAGCAAAAGUUAUAACGCGAGAUGGUUGUAGCUAAAAAUUAUAUCGUAGUCUUGUAGAACUUGUAGAAUUCGCGGGAUUGAUUCCUCAUCGCGAUAGAAUUUGUUGUUCAAACUUGAGCGUACAGUAUUCUCUUCUUUCGCGAAUUAAUUGUCACACGGUGGCUGUAUGGAGUCUCGUUGGGCGGUUCUCCCGGACUAGCCGAUAAGAAGUGACCGUUCAGUAAAUAUUCUUAUUGGCUUGUCGCACUUAAUUUAGAAUUUACCUGCAUCGAAUUAAACAGUAUUUCGUAAAGAAUAUCUUUAAGUUGUGUUCUUACUUAGAUAGUUCGCAUCUGGGCGCUGUAUCGCUUCUUGUUCGAUCGAACUCUUUGGAGAUAAUAGUCCCCAAACAGUUCCAGAAGUCACAAAGCGAUAUUGCUUUAGAAAGA